GUUGUGCCUUGGACUCUCCUGGCACUCCGACCCCCAGCGACAUCAGAGAGGAAACAUUUGAGAAGGCAAUUCUUGCAUCUAGCAGGCUGAACCUUCGACUGCCUCUCAGAAGAAUACAUUCACUGCCGCAAAGACUCCUGGGCUCCAGUCCUGCUCUGAAGAGAAGCCAUUCGGAUUCCACGGAUUGUAAUGCUUUUCAGCUCCUAGAACAGAAUGAGAAUAAGGAGAAUGAGUCAUUUGAGUUUAAGAAGCCAGCCAAGCCAGCUUCUCGGAGUUCUGCGCACAUCCACGAUGGGAGGAGUGUUCUUGGCCAAAGGCAGAACUCAGCCCUGGCUGAGGAGUUUCCCAGUCAAGAAAUGCCCACGGGUGAACUGGAAAACUACAGGCCAGCUUUCCUGCAGCAGCCUUCUCUGACUUGCUCUGAAAGCGAAGAUGACGACGGAUUCCUGGAGCUCUUAGACGAGCAAGAUCUGAAAAACGAUGAGGAGAUGCCAUCUGACGUGGCGAGCCUCUGGACCGCGCCGCUGGUCAGCAGGAGGCCGGACAGCCGGGCCAGGCGAUGCCGCCUCUUUGGCUCUUCGUCUCUGCCCAGCGGUGUGGGCAGAACCACCCAGAAAAGAAUGGAGAGGUCCCAGGAGGAGAGUUCUCCAGGGAAAAGCAAGAAGAGGAAAAGCCUGCCUGGAGCACAGUCUGAAGACUCAGCGAACACAAAAAUAGUAAAGACGCAAUCCUCUGCAGCAGAAAUUGAGAGCAUUUUGGCCAGUGACCAGAGGGACCUUAUUGGUGACUUCUCAAAGGGUUAUUUGUUCCACACUGUCGAUGGGAAGCAUCAAGAUUUAAAGUACAUUGACUCAGAAAUGAUUGUGUCUGUCCUGACUGGGAAGUUUGCAAGCUUCAUUAAGCAGUGCGUGAUCAUUGACUGCCGCUAUCCGUACGAGUACGAAGGAGGACACAUCAAGGGUGCUGUAAACCUCCACAUGGAGGAGGAUGUGGAAGAUUUCCUGCUUAAGAACCCAAUCCCUCCCUCCAAGAACAAACGGGUGAUCGUCGUCUUCCACUGCGAGUUCUCCUCGGAGCGGGGGCCCCGCAUGUGCCGCUUUGUGAGGGAGCGGGACAGGCUGGGCAAUGAGUACCCCAACCUACAUUACCCAGAGCUCUACGUCCUCAAGGGGGGGUACAGGGACUUCUUCCUGCGGUGCCGGAGCUUCUGUGAGCCCCAGAGCUACCGCCCCAUGCACCACGAGGACUUUAAAGAAGACUUGAAAAGAUUCCGCACCAAGAGCCGAACCUGGGCCGGCGAGAGGAGCAAACGGGAGCUGUACAGUCGCCUGAAGAAACUCUGAGGGCCAAAAAAGUGAACAAAGACUGCACCCCGUGGCAGGGGGGAAGGCUGCAGCCUGCUCCUUGCUGGUGGUUAUCUGGUGUUUGCUCUCAUCUCUUGUCCUGCUGGGAAUGCUGCGGUCACCGCUGGAACUGAGCGACCUGGGAGCUGGCUGGAGCUGGCUUUGGGGCUGCGUGCUGCUCCGUGGGAACGACUUUGCACAUCACCACAUCCCCCAGCUGGUGGAGGAGGCUGCGGUGCCGUGCGUGGGGCACGGCUGGGGCGAGCAGUGAGGGUCUUUUAGUGCUGGUAGCUUUUUAAAUGCCUUGUUUUAAUUUAAAUACAGUCCGACCAAGCUUAAUGGUGCUGCAGUUGAAUCAUCUGGGUUGUGCUGGAGGCUUGGUUCUGCUGUGGGGGGCAGGGGUGGGGUUCAUUCUUUCUCGAGGCUUUGAUUGGGUUUUGGUGAGGUGAGGAAAUGGUCCUUUACAGCUGGGGCUCCCACGUGGUGCUGUAGGAGCCCUCCAGACAAAACCCUGAGGGAAAUGGUGUGUUUUGUGUCUCUAUCGUGUUCUCAUUUACUGAAUUGCUUUAUUUCCUAAUGACUUGAAUGUAGCUGCUGUUCUGAGGAGGGUGGUGCUUCAGAGUGGGCAGUUUCUGGGACCUGAAGUGGGUUCUGAUGAUGUGUGAUGAUGAUGGGAUGGUGCGGGGUGGCUCAGGAGGGCUGGGAGCCCAUGCUGUGUUCCUGUGGCCGCUGGGCAUUUUGUUGUGAGACUUGUGAAGGGAGCACAUGGAUCCAUCAGCGUGCCUCUGGCUGCUCUGCAGCCGCUCCUGCUGCUCUGUAUUUGCCUUCAGCCACCUCUCAAGCAGCAAAGCCUCUCCUGCUGGGAAAUGGGAAUCCUUCUGGAGGGAAGAGGAGUUCUGCAGCCAGCACUGCCUGUAGCAGGGCGCUCCAUCACCCCCCUGGAACAGGACUCACAGUUCCACAGAGCAGCAGGGCCGGUGCUAAAGCUGUGCUGCUGCUGCUGCUGCUGCUUGUGUCACAACCUCAGUGACAGCAGGGCAGAGCUGCUGCUUUGCUAUGGCUCUGCUGUGCUGCACGGAGCUCUUCCUCCAUGCCCACGUGGUGCUGCAGGAGCGUGGCCUGGCAGCUGUGCUGCUCCCAUUGCAGACACCUCACAGCUCAGCCUGCUCUGUGGGAGCCCCUUUCCUGUGCCCUUCUGCAAAAACAAACAAAAAAAAAAUGGUGCCUUAGGUG